AUGAACGGUGGGGGUCCCGUGACCCUCAGCCCAAGUAAAACUGGAGAGCCGCCCCUGUCCGGCGGCGCUAGUAAGAAGCGAGGCUCGCUGGGGGCGUCGUCCUCACAUCCUAUAUUAAAGGGUAAGAAGGGCUCGAAUUUUUAACCCUCAGUGAGAGAAUAACAAACGCGGGUGGUGCGCAUGCGCAGCAUCGCUUUCUCAGUCUGAAAAGUUGUUUCCUAGAGCGCAUGCGCGGCAUAGGUUCUCAAGUGGGAAAGGCGCCUCCUGGAGCGCAUGCGUGAACGUGUCCUGUUUGAAUGGGCUUCUCUAGUUUAGGCAGCUGUUGCAAAGGUAAAACUUACAAACUUGCCCGGAAUGGAAAGGGGCGCUAGACCUGGGGAAAUUGGAUAACUCGUGAGGAACUCGUGAAACCGAGUUCGGCGGUGCUUUUUAAAGAAGUGUGUAAAUACGAUUGCAAAAAAAAUGUUCAUGGCCGUGUAACUUGCAUAACGUUUGAUAAUUUGGAUCCUAGGUAAGUUAUGCAUCUCACUGUGAAAAAAUUCUGUGGAAGGAAGAGUUGUAUUUGAAGAGGAGAUCUACUCUGUUAGUAUGAACAGUGGAAACAAAUAAGAGCAUAUUCAUAAGAAACUCCUUAUCUGCUCUCAUUGAGAGAAUAUACUUUUAAAUGGGCUAUUGCCCACCCUUUUUGAAAAGGUUACCAAAAGCUGAGUAUAAAAUAAGCGUGAUAUCCCAGGGAUGGGAAUCUCGUUCAGCCUGAGAGGAGAUUUUAACGUGGACAGUUUUCCAAGGGCCACAUUCCGAGGCUGGGUGGAGCAAAUGACAAAACAAAUAAAACAAAACAGGCCAACAUACAUGCUGGAAAGCCAGCAGAGAUUCCUCUGCCUGACUUUUAAGAGUAACUAGCAAGUCAUGGCCGUGUAUUUUCUCAAUUCUGCCAGUUCUAACAGUGUUAAGCACCUAACAGCAACAAUAGCCAACCAUUGUGCCCCGUUCUUAGGUUGAAAUACUAUGCCUGAGAGUAAGUCCCACUGAACUUCCUUUUGAGUAUCCAGCGGUGCUUGUACUGCAAGUUAUUCCAUUUUCUUAAAACGUUUAAAAGUUGCCAAGUGUUUGACUCUCAGAGGAGAAUCCAUGGAUUUGGAAGGCCUUGCUGCAAAGCCAGACCUGGAACAGCUCACUGGCCUGAGAACAGGGCAUACAGUGGUGCCCCGCAAGACGAAUGCCUCGCAAGACGGAAAACUCGCUAGACGGAAGAGUUUUCCGUUUUGGAGGUGCUUCGCAAAACGAAGCUCCUAUGGGCUUGCUUCGCAAGACGAAAAUGUCUUGCGAGUUCCUGCGGUUUUUUUUUCCUUUCCCCCCCCUUUUUCUAAGCCGCUAAGCCGCUUAUCUGCUUAUCCGAUAAGCUGAUAAGCCGCUAAAAGCCGCUACUAGCGCUAAUCCGCUAAUCCAUCAAUGGGCUUGCUUCGCAAGACGAAAAAACCGCUAGAUGAAGAGACUCACAGAACGGAUUCUUUUCGUCUUGCGAGGCACCACUGUACUUUGGUAAUAUAGCGCUCUGAGCAACGCCCCCUGCCCAGAUAAAUAUAGGUUUUAUUGUUAAUUUUGUUGGCAUCUGUCCGCCUCGGGAGACAAUAGAGGAGUGCAGCUUUGGGGGGAAGUCAAACUGUUGGAAGGUUGCAGCACCUGCUGUGACUGUGAUAUGAGAAAGACAUGCUUUGUUGCAGCUGGGGCAGAUGCAUAGCUGUCAACGUUUCCCUUUUUUUAAGGGAAAUUCCCUUAUUCCAAAUAGGAUUCCUCGCAAGAAACGGGGAAAGUUGACAGCUAUGGGCAGAUGAAGGCGUCUGGUUGUGCUGCUGCAGAUGCACCACGACAUUUCUUCUCUCUGCGCUCCUCCCAGAGGUCAUUCCUGGAGGUGGCAAAGGAAAGGGAAUGAAACUUAGACAGGUGGGAUACCUUUCAAAUGCCAUGUAGAUCAUUCCACUUUUUACUGUGCUUCCCAGUGCUGUGUAAUACAGACUCAUAUUAUUAAUAAGGGACUUUUGGCAUGGUAUUCUACACAGUUUGCUGCUUGAGCAUCAAUUGAGUGGUGGGGGUAGGAUUAGUAUAGUCCUGCCUUGCAAACAAGGAGCUGUAAUGUGGAUUCAGCCAUAGUCAGAAGAAUGUUUGGGUACAAUAUUCCCUGCAAAUAUUUCCUUAAGAUUUUGCAUAUAAAAGUCCACAAAAAUUGUCACUCCUUGGUACACGCCUGAUUUCAGAUCUUUGGAAAUUGCUUAGAGAUUAGCGCUGGGAUCCUCUAAUUGCUCUGAAAAAUUCCUAACGAUCCAGUCUUACGCUAGGUUAUACAUGGGUUUAGGUACAACUAAUUCUACAUAGAUCAGGUUUUUAAAAUCCCAAAAGUUAUGAUUGAACUGCAAGACCUUUCAGCUUGGAGAGUUGUGGCAAAUGUUGAGAGGCUUGACAAUGUCAAAGAUGGAAAGGGUGCAGACUGAGCAUAAAAACCCCAAUGAGUUGAAUAAGUUAGUUAGGCCUCUUUUAUUUCUUUAAAAAUGUGCUACUCCAACUAUUUUAUAAAACAUUAGAAAAAAAAUUCAUUAAUCUCUGUGUACAAGCUUUAAAAAGCUCAGUUAUUUCUGUUAAAUAUUAUUCUGUCUACAGUUCUAAUUGCAUUUUUUUUUCUUUAGGAAGCAAAGUACUGUACGUAGUAUUUGGAUAGUGUAACUUAAUGUUGCAAAGUUUUGUGCUUAUCCUUUCAUAGUUAAAAGGCCCUUUACAUGUUUGGCUGCCGCCUCCUGUUAGCCAAGGGGAAGGCAUUUUAAGGGUGAUACAGCCCAGGCGUCAUAUAAUUCAUUGGCUGUUUUACUGCACUCAAACUUGGAACUAGGCCUGGGCGAUAUAUCCAUAUAUCACCCAGGACUGAUACUAGGGGCAGAGCGUGAUGACGAAUAUUAUUUCACUAUAAGGCAGCAAGUCUAGCAAAACUAUUUCAUCAUCAUCCUGAAGGCUGUUCCCUCCAUGUAGCUAAUGGAAAAAGAGUGAAAAAGAUAAAGUACAAUAGAAAGGAAGAAGAGGAGAUGGAGUUUGGGGGUUGGAAGAGAGAGAGAGAGGCAAGAACCACGAUGAUUUCUUGCAGGUCCCUGAAAGGAUAAGCAUACAUGUUUUUAUUUAUCAUGAACAUGUCUCGUUACUUUUCUUAUAGAUGUUGGAGAAAUAUAUUCCAGACUUUUGGAUCACAGACCGGUUAUUCAAGGAGAAAUUCGUUAUUUCAUUAAAGAAUUCGAAGUAGGUUUGAUAUUCUAUAUUUCUAUAUUUCUAUAUUUUGAAAUAAUGUACCUUGUAAAUGGGGGAGGGAUAGUUCUAAAGUACAGUCAUCUUAAGAUUUCAGAGAAAUGUUUCAUGAAUGGCUUUUAAUCUUUUUUAUAAAUAAUAUACCCAUCAUUUUGACAAGUAAAUAUUUUUAUAAAUUCAGUCAGCUUGUUAACAUUUCAUAUUCCCGACUCCUUCCCCCUCUUUCUGUGGUUCUUUCCAUUUCUUUCCAUCUUCCUGCAUGCUCCAAAUUAUCUCAACAUAUUCUGUUAUAUAUUCUCGUAUAUAUCUCAUAUUGAAACUGCAGGUUUUUACAUUAAUCCUGCCAGUGUCUUAAUCUGUUUACAAUUUGUUUGUAAAUGCUCAAUAAACCAUUGCAAUUCCUUUAAAAAAAAUUGUUAUCUUGAUUUCUUAUUCUUCCAGUAAGUUUUGCCGUUUCUGUGUAGUCCUUAACUUCUGUAUCCAUUCCUCUCUGCUCAGGACCUCUUCUUUUUUCCAUUUUUGGGCAAAUAACAUUCUUGCAGCUGUGGUUGCAUACAUAAAUAAAUUUCUAUACUGUUUAGGUAGUUCUGAUCAUAUAAUUCCUGAAAGAAAAGCUACUGGUUUUUUAAAUAAAUGUUAUCUUAAACAUCUUUUUCAGUAAGCUUUAACCUUAUUACAAGAUCAUCACAUAUGAAAAAAGGUACCUUCUUUCUCUUUCUCCAACACAUAUUCAAUUUGGAUUUAUACAUUACUGCCAAUCUACUAGGUGUUAGGUACCAUCUAUAUAGCAUUUUCAUAUAUUUUCUCUUAAACUAUAACCUGCGGUAAAUUUUAUAUCCGCAUUCCAUAAAUAUUUCCACCCAUUUCUGUAUUAUUACUAAUAUCUAUUGCCCAAUAUACCAUUGAAGAUUUCUUAUUUCUUUUGGAUUUUCCUCUUAUCUCCUACAAUUAUUCUAUUAAUGCAGGGUUUUUCUUUCUUCUUUAUUUUCCAAGCCAAUAAUUUCCCUGACUUGUUCAAAUUGUUUCUGCUUUAAAUAUUUAAUUUUCCACUCUAUUUCCUGGUUUAUUAUCAUUGAAGAUUGCGUUUUCAACAUCUUGAUAUCCUGUUUCAUUAUCUCUCUUCAAGGGGAAUUUAUUAAUUCUUUUCCUUUCCUUUUUAUUUCUUGUAAAUUGUCUUGUUUUUUCUGCCCUCUUAUCUUUCUUUCGUAUGCACUUUUUUGACAAGUAAAUAUGGAAUAGAUUAUCUGCAGCUUUUUGAUGUUUGCAUUGCUCAUGACUCUGUCUCUUGAAAAUGCCAGCUGUUGACAUUUGGGGACCAGAUCUUUAAAAGCAUGAAAAUCAUAAUUUGGCAGUGUUCCAAAGCAUCUAAAACUUGUAGUUUCAUUUACAACUACAAAGACUAUUAGUGUGAUUUUUCUUUGUUUUUUUAUUUUUUAAUAAAAGAUUAGAUUGUAUGUCUUCUGGCCUUACUGUUUAUCUGCCCUUUAAGAUCCAUCGAGAUGGAAAGACACACCUCUCCUUGUCUCCUGCCACUGUCUUUAAUACUGUCACUGCUGCUGUUUCUAAUAGAAGAAACUGCCACAGUAGUUUUCUCUCUCUCCAUGUUUUCAUGAAGGAACAAAUGAUAGCAGUAGCAGGAAAAGGCCAGCAGGGGAGGAGGAGAAACUGGUGCAAAGAAGUAGGCAUAUGAAAGCGUUCAUGGGGAAUCUCCUUCCCAUACCUGCAACAUUUAAAAUUAUUCCAAGGAAAUAAUACUAAGUUCUUGAUUUUCAUAACCUGUCUGAAAAAUGAAAGCAUCUUUUAAAAUUACCUAUAAUGUAAUCAAACCUAUAUUUUUCCAUAUUAAAUAGAUACUUUUCGGGGGGGGGGGUUGUUUUUAAAUGUUGAAUAUAUUUUCCACAAGAUGGCAGCAAAACCUCAAGCCAGAGCAGAGGUUUGUGUGGACCCUGAAUUUAGUGAUAGCUUCCAGUUGGUUUCUGUUAAGAAUUGUUGAUGAAAUGAGCAAAAGCAAACCUUUGGGUUUUAAUUUUUUUAUUUUUUGAAAAAUGAGGUGUGUUAAUAAUGAGGUUGUGCUCCAUAAACAUUUUGAAGCAUUAAGUGAGAAAGGUCUAGAUAGUCUGUACUGUUUAAAAACAUUUUUAAAGGGGGGGUCCAUUUACUAACUUCAAGGUAGUAUCUAAAUAACAGCAAAUGAACCUUGUGGAAUAUAUAGAAAUGCCCCCUUUUUAACUUUCUCAAUAGGAAAAACGUGGUUUCCGAGAAGUGCGGGUUCUUGAAAACUUGAAGAACACAACUUUUGAGACAAAUGACCAAACUCUGCCAAAGUGUGAACAAAUGAUGCAAGGGAACCUAAAUGAAGCUCUCAGGAGAUGUAAGCUAGAAAUUAUUGGUUUUCUUCUAUGCCUUUUACAAAGUGUUUGGAUUCUUAGACGCUAAACAGCUCCACAUAAAGUUGGAGCCUUUAUGUAAAGUAGCCAUCAGGUGGCCCUUUUAUUCACACCAUUAUGGGCCAUAUUCAAAAGGAAAUAAAGAUGUGAGUGUUUUCAUCCUGAGCUUUGCCUGAUGCUUAAUUGUAGAGGGAAACUGCUGUUUGGUUUUAAAAGCACUUUUCCUUUUCAGCAGUAGGAGAAACUACCAUGAAAAUAAGUCUCUGACUUUACAAAUGGUCCUCCCUAUCCCCUCCUUGUUAUGGCUGUUCACACUUCCAAUACCUGUAAAAACAACAACAUCAUUCCAUUCUCAGCAAGGCUAGUAAUGCGUGGGCAUGUCAAAUGCUGCAUUAAUUCUGUGCAUCAUAGUUAGACCUGCAUGGCUCUAAGGCAGCAAGAUGGGAUCUGGAAGGAACCAUCCAAAACACACACACACACACACACAUAUCCCAGGGUAUGGUUGAAAGGUACACUACCUUACUGAAGCUAAGCAGUCUGGGUCUGGUUAGUGUUGGAUGGGUGACCACCUGGGAACCAUGUGUAUGCCACCCUGGGUCCCAUAAUGGAAAGAAAGCAGGAUAUAAAUGUAGGAAAAUAAAAACCACUGUAUGAAGUUGCAAGAAUAAGAUGGCUGGAGAUAGACACACACAGCAAAACUUGGGAGACGAUUCUAUUCCUCUUUAGCCAUAUAUUUAUAAGUUGUCAUGUAUAAGGCAGAAAAUGGUUGCGGAUAUUACAUUUUUACAUAGUAUUUUUCAGCAUCCUGCAUAGAUCCAAAUGUCUCAACGAUUAGCAGAAAAAGUGUUAUGCAACAUAAGUGAAUAUUUAAAUUAAUAGAAUAUGUGCAGGCACAGAAUUUAGACUAUCUUGGUUCAAAAAUCUCAGUGGCUUUUAAAGUUCACCCAGUCAUGUAAAAAAUAUUAUGUAAGAUGAAUCCAACCACAAUUUUUUCCUUUAUAUAUAUUUUGACAAGGGCAUCCUGGCUGAAACUAGACCACAAUGUGGUUAAGAUACACAGCUUCUCUGUGCAGUGAGAUUAAAUAUCUCUUGUCAGAAAUGUGUCCCUUAAAAUGAGCCAAUGAAACAAUUGUAACCUAUACCUCUCAGUACAGGUAGCCAAUGAAAUGAUCAACAGAAUCCAGGGGAGAGAGCAGGAAGAAAGAAAGGUAAGGAUUAAUAAGUUAAGAACUAAUGCCGGGUCUAACCUGCAAGGUAUUCUGGUGAUAUUCUAUGUAGUUUUUUCCUUGCACCAAAACGCUGUAUGGUUUCAGAAUAAUUGUUCUGCGCCUUCAAUCUUCCCUUCUCUACUGUUUCCUUCCCUACACCCACAGCUAGGUUUUGCUAUGGUAAAUGGGAUUUUGUGGUUUAUUUUGUUCAUUUGUUUGUUCGUUCUUACUAUCUCAGCAGCAAGUGUUCUGCUGCUGAGUCUUAACUUUAUGUUAUAAUACUGCAUUCAACACAACAUAUAAGCCAGGGAGGAAACAACUAGCUGUGAACCAAUUAAUGAAUGCUUUAGCAUAUGCUAAGUAGUGGAUGCCUUACGGUUAAAUAUUUUUGUCCAGGUACAUACCAGCUCUCUGGUCACUGAAAAAGCAUGCUAACACACAAGGGGAGCUGUGCUACCUCUGCCCUGGCCAACAGUCUGCCUUUCAGCUUGCUAAGGGCUACUCAGUGAAGCAAGGAACCUCUUGUAUUUGUGGAGGCUCCCCCCACCCUCGCAUUCUGGACCUUGAGAUUUUCUUGGGUUCCAAAAGUUUCAGAGAGCUUCCAUGACCACUGGAGGCUCGCUUUUUCUCUAGGUCACCCUGUGUAAGGUGGAAGGAGACAGCAAUGGGGGGAGCUAGCACCCUAGUCCCCACAGCCGCCUCCUCGUGUGUGUAACACACUUUCCAGAUGACUGAAGGGUGCGACUAUUAAUCCACAAACUGCAGCAACAUGUUGACUUCGCCACUUUCUAACCCAGUGUGGCUUUUAAGUAAAGCUACUUAGGAGUACAGUGGUGCCUCUGGUUGCGAACGGGAUCCGUUCCAGAGGACCGUUCGCAAUGUGAAAAGAGCGCAACCCACAGCGGCGCGGCGCGAUUCGCCACUUCUGCGCAUACGCAUGAUGUCAUUUUGCGUGUCUGUGCGAGUGGCGAAACCCGGAAGUAUCCCUUUCCAGUACUUCCGGGUCGCCACAGGACGUAACCUGAAAGAACGUAACAUGAAGCAGACGUAACAUGAGGUAUGACUGUAAUGCCAAUCCAUAGUUUGCAUUCUGCAGACUUCUGAUAUGUUGCAUGUGUUGAAACUGAUGAUCCCUGAGACUGCCUGUGGCGUUCGUACGUAGCCCCCGGUUGUUUCACGGGCUAUUGACCCGUACACCUCUAAUCUGCUGCCACCAACCAGGUUCUCUCCGGUAAAACACUUAGUCUCAGUCGGGUUCUCAAGUUAACAAUGAAGAUUGUAGUUUAUUGCAAACACAACUAAACUUUAAAUGCAUUCGAAACACUGUUACCGUUUACCCUCUUAGUCUUAUUGUAUCCUGUCUCUAACUCACUCUAACUCUUCUACCUCCCCUCACACAAGAACCAAUUGCACUAACUGUCUCUCUAUUUUCAACUGCAUUUUCCCAACUGUCUAAACCUCUGGCUAAGCCUUUUAAAAACAGGUAGGCUCUGCCUCUGGGCUUUUCUAUUGGUCUACCUAUUAACACUUUCUCUCCCCCUGUACAGACAUUUCCAAAAGAACAGGCAAACACCACACUGCCAAACGGUAAUGUGCAAGAAAUUUGCAGAUUCCUGCAGAGCCUUCAGUAAAACAAAAGUUGGUUCUAGAAGCUCACUUUCCUUCAGAAUAGCUGCAAAAAAAUGUAGAAAGAAGUUGAGGAGAGCCGCCAUUAUUAAGUCUUCAAGAAGCACUAUAAAAAUAACAGAGUUACUAGAUCCUCUUCCACUUUCUCGCUAUGUGGAAAGUUUUUCUUAGAAUUUCCUUCACAGCUUGAGAAAGGGGAAAGAGAUGGUUAAAGAAACCCAAAUCCCUAUUUUUCGUGGAACAAAAAAUAUCCAACAGAAUGGAAAUGUAAAUCUUUCCUGCUUAGUUGAAAACACUGAACAUAUUAUGAAUACAGCUUAUUGAAAUGGAAGUGUUUCAUACUUGUGGAUGUUAUUUAAUGAAAGGCCAUAUUAUAAGAACAUGUGACUCACUGGAAUCUCUCACAUGGCUGCACAUUGCUUGUUUGUAAUACAGAUAUUCUAAAACCUCAGGAUUAGGAAAAACUGUGCAAGAAGUUAAUUCUCCAUGUUAGUUCUGUACUUCACUAUUAUAGGCAACCUGUUCAGCUCUUUAGGCUGCAAUAGAGCUGCAUUGUAAGAUGGCUGCAGCUACAGUCAAUGUUUCUAUUUGUAUAUGAAAAUGAUGGAUAACAGUUAAAUGAUAUCAGACGUAAUAUAGAUGUAAAAUUCCCAAUUUAUUCAACUUGGCUAAAAUAUUGGGAGUCUACCACAAGUACACACAUUCCCCCCUCUUCGCUUACACACGAAUUCUUUCCUUUAGCCAUGAUGCAUCUGCACCAAUGUAUACCUUUACCCACUUCAAGCGCUGGCGUCAGCCACUAGUUUGAACCUAACCACAGUUAAAGUUAAUAUUGGUGCAGAUGUAAUACAGUACCAUGGUAAGAAAGCCCCAAAGAGGUGGUUUCGGGUAUGGCUGGGCAAUAUAUUGAUAUGUCAUCUCAAAUCGGUUGGAAGUCCAUGUGGUGAUAUCAAUUUCAUAGUUUUUGACCUGGCAAUAUAUCACAAAUCAUGAUGCGCAUGUGUGUGCUAUGCAAAAACCACAAUGUGAGGGGAAAAUGUGAAGCCAGCCAAUGCCUCUACAUAGCUCCAUCCUUAUUUCAGACAUGAUUGCAGACACUUUCUGUCAAUACAUGUGGUAGCAAUUUAUUCAUAUAUCUGUUAGAUUUAUCAUGGUGAUGGCUGUGUAAAGACUAUAGGAGAUCCACAGCCUGGAAGAUUUAUGAUGUUUGUGUAUAAUGUUCAGAAAUAGCACAAUAGUGAGGCGUUAGUAUUGGCUGGGGUAAAUGUAUGUUGAACAUAAUGCCCCAAACCAUAGAAUUGACCAUGCUCUUAUGCCAGUCUUAUCUUGUAUCACUUUAUGCCUUAAUUGGAAAGGACUGCUGAAAAAUUCUUUAGAACCAGCUUUAGUUUGCUCACCAGAUUUCCCUUCCAGCCUUUGCACCAUCCUGGGAAAGCUGAAAAUUAUUAUUUAUUAAUUGAUGGCUUUCCCUGGUUUAUGUGCAUUAUUGGACAGCUUAAUUCUACAUGAACAAGACAGUCCUGUGUCCUGACUAUGCUUCACGCUUCUUAUGUGUUUAUAUCUUAAGAUGGAGGGUGACAAAUACUAAAUACAAGGUUCUUGUGAUCGAGGGUUACUUUUUAUUUUUUAAAGGAGCAUAUCACAAUCAGUGGUUGCCAUGCUGUAUUUCAUGCAUUUUGCUGAAGUUAGCUAUCAGCACUGGAUAAGAGAGGUUAUUAAAUUGAGUUGGCACUGCUUAUUAAACUUUCAAGUUAAAUACUGAGAGUUGCCAGUCCAGAGUAUAGCCAAGCACUUACUGUGUCUGUCUGGGUAUUUAUGUUAAAACAAAAACAAUUUAAAGUGUCUGAUAGGAUGAUUUUAAAAAGACAGAUUUUGCUUUGUUCAUUUACUUAAAUUUUCCUUGUUCUGCAACAGUACCCAAAGCAAUUUGUCCACAGCACUGUAGAACAGGCAACAACCAUUUUGCACAGGGGUUACAUUCCUGACCCUCCCGUGUGUUGGCGGAGUACGUGGAAGCCCCUUUCACCCCCUGCCCCCUUUUCCAACCACUUCUGGGUUACGGCGAUGUGCGCAUGCACAGUCAUGCGUUAGUUGUUGCCUGUAUACAGUUGCACAUACUACGGGAAAAGCGCUAGAAACAGCACCAUCCAAUUUACAAAUAGCAGCAGUGUAAGAAAAAAGGCAAUAGUGCAAGGGGAAGCCACAAACUAGAUUUAGCUGAUAGCAAAUAGCAAUUGUGGUGGGGAGGGGAUAAAUCAGAAUGAAAGCAAGCCGCAGCAGGGAGAAACUGAAGCAAAAGCAUGGUUGGGCAGUUGUUUUCUCACCCAUGAUGGUGGCAAAGUAUAAGGGCCCCGGUUACAGUGAAAGCUGGUUUCCAUUCUUGCCUUGUUAACAGUGACACCAGGUCUGCCCUGUAAACUACUUGUCAUCUUUUUUGUUAUAUUUUUGUACCACAAAACCUAAACUGCGUGGAUGUUUUCUUUUGUAACUUCCUUUUCCAUCUCAGCUUCAGACUGAGAAACUAAUGGCUGGUGAAACACGACGCAGAGCUCUGUGGGAGGAGUUUGUGAAGGAGCAGCAGAAAACAAAAGCAGUCGUGGACGAAGAGCACAUCAAAGCGAUGGAGCGCCUCAAAGAGCAAUAUGCCGCAAUGGAAAAGGACCUCGCCAAACACACACUUUAA